CUAGCUUCACUGUAGCGCACUGAAAUUGAGCUACACUCUUUAUCUGUCAAGGGAAGCAGAAUUCAAAACAAAACACAACUGGAAUAUAUUUAUUUAUAUACCAUUGUGAUUUACUAACAUGCUUCUCCUAAUCAACAUCUUUCUAGUCCUGUGGACUUCAGGUGUUGGGGGACAAGAGAAACUUUGUGAAUUUCCUGAAAUAAAACAUGGAAACCUAUAUGAUGAAAACAGUUACAAACCAUUAUUUCCAGUUCCUGUGGGAAAUUUUUUCUAUUAUUCCUGUGAAUGUAGUUUUAUUUCUUCUUCAAAACUCUAUUGGACUCGCAUAACAUGCACGGAGGAAGGAUGGUCACCAACACCAAAGUGUCUCAAACAGUGCUUUUUCCCUUGGGUGGAAAAUGGUCAUUCUGAAUCUUCAGGACAAACAUCCCUGGAAGGCACCACUGUACAAAUUACGUGUGAUACAGGCUACAACCUUCAAAAUAAUAAGAGCGCCAUUUUGUGUACAGAAGGUGGCUGGUCCUCUCCUCCCAAAUGCAGACCCAUCAAAUCUGCAGAUAAGUGUGGACCCCCUCCAACUAUUAACAAUGGAGAUAUUACAUCCUUCUUGUUAAAAGAAUAUCCCCUAGGAGCAACAGUUGAGUACCGUUGCCAGUCUUUCUAUGAACUCUGGGGCUCCAGAUAUGUAACAUGUAGAGAUGGAGAAUGGUCAGAAACACCAAGAUGCUUAGAUGCAUGUGUAAUAUCUGAAGCAAACAUGAACGAAAAUAAUAUAAAGUUAAGAUGGAUAUCUCAAAGAAAACUUUAUGUAAAAACAGGAGAUAUUGUUGAAUUUGAAUGCAAUUUUGGAUAUGAGAAAAAGACAUCAAGACAAUCAUUUCGAGCAACUUGUAGGGAAGGGAAGCUGGAGUAUCCCAGAUGUGAAUAAAAUAAGCAUGUUUAUCCUGAAUGUGCAUAUUUAAAGUA